GCAAACGUCACACAGGGGCCAGAGUGAUUGAAGAUGGCAGCAGUACAGGAAGUGGUGAUGGAGCGAGAGGCACGUUCUCCUCCUCCAGCACCGGAAGGGGGAAACAAGGAGGAUGAUCGAAUGAAGGAGUUGAUCCGCUUGUGCUAUGAAGAAGGGAUUAUCCCUAUGAACUUAGACCCUGGCGAGAUGACAGUGGUGGGACGAGAGGCACGGUUCAAGGUGAAUACCGAUAUCGAUCAAGCUAAGGUGAACUGGCUCAAGGCGCAUGCUGUCACGGUCAUCUUCAAAGAAGGCGCCAGAUUCCUAGUACCGAGAAAGGUGAAAGACGAUAUUGUUCGAGCGUAUGAAGACAAACGAACUGGAGAUGGCACUUUCGAUCCGCUCAACUUCAGACGUGGACGGGUGAAAAUAGAGAGUCCCAAUGUAGUCUCUUAUGUGUCAAGAAGCACGGAGGUUGUGACAUGGCUAGUGAACAGGGGUAGUGACAACAUCACUCUUGCGAACACGACUUAUAACCUGGAGUUCAAACCAUGGCUAACCAAGACACAGUUGAAGGUUCAAAGACGCGAAGAGGAUGAGUCUACCUUUUGGGUUAUUGCUGUUCAAGUUUCACUCGACGCGAUGAUGUAUCUCGAAGCUCAUAUCAGACGCGCCAUCGACCCGAUCAUUCUCAUGCAUCCAGCGGAACAGGAUCGAAUGAAGCCAUCGCUGAUCAACAUCAAAUUUGGUGUAGAUCCAGCUAGCCGUCCCAACAUGAAGGAUGCAAUAUGGGUCGAUACUUUUGAGGGAGAUUCGCUGGAGGUUAAGCUGGCUUCUUCAGAAACUCCACGUUGUCGCCGAUGCCGAGCUUUCUUCCACACGGAGGAGGAUUGCCAUCGAGGAUCUCGCCAACGGGACCAAGCUUCAGGAGAAGGACAACAAGCAACACGAGGAGACAGGCAGAGGGCGAAAUCUGUGGAGGGAGUGUGACCUCAGCACAAGGGCUUCCCCCUUGGGACCCCGCCCCGCCAAUAGGGGUCAAAUUUUGUCGAUCUCUUGAUAUAUAGGAUUUUGCUUUUUUAA